AUGGCGACGGUUGACAUAUCGCCGCAAAGGGCGGCUCUCCUGGACGAUGCGAUUGUCCUUGAGCAGCUGCCUCAGGAAAUCCUUGCCGUCAUUCGAGAUGACACCUCCACGAACCUACUUGACGUUCUGUCUCAAGCGGCUCUCAUACCACAACUUACAAGCCGACUUUUCGUCCAUUUCGAGCAUGUUUUCCCUGACCUCUGUGCCCGAUGGAUCCUCAACCCAACCGAUGCGAAGACCCAGACGGAUGUCCUCGCUUCAUUUGCGCGAGUACUGCGAUUCGCGCCCUACUUGUCGACUUUUCUCAGGCAUUACAUGAGCUCAGGCUCAUCACCAACCUCAAACAAACCGCUGGGGCUUCAGCAGCUCGAUUUCGCGAGCCUGCAAAAUCUCCAGCAAGACGAACUCUUGCGUUUGCUACUGGCAGUAUGGAGACUGAUCAGCUUUGAUGCAAGCGCCUACUCGAUCCUGGUCUCACCCGCCCAAAUGCAAUCACUCUUUGCUCACGAGCAUCUCGCUGUGCGUUACCUGUGUAUCCGGAUCUUCUGUCUGCAGGUUCACGCCGCAGACGCCAAGCGAGAGGCUCUCAUUCGGGAGCAUGUCGGUGCCUCGGCCAUCUCUGGAGACUUUGAUGGCCAACACGUUGACUUUGGCUUCUUGCCGCUGCACGAGCACGCACGUGUGGAGAAUCUAGAUGCCUUGCGUCGCGAGAGGAACGAGAGGGCUCUGAAAGAUGAUGUCCCAGCUAUUCCUCCCCAAGCACUGACCCCUCUCGUCGCCUGCUACGGGCAGACAAUCCUCCCUCGACCUUCCGCACCUUCGCAUAACACAUCUUCUCUAGUUCCCACCACGACGACAUCAAACAACCUGGAAAGCCUGGCCAACCUCCUGAAGGACAGGAAACCGAUUCUACUCCAUGGACUUCCUGGAUCCGGCAAAACCUCCGUCAUUCACGAGUUCGCCAAAGAGUUCGGGAAACACUCCGGAAUGGUGACUCUGCACAUUAACGAACAGACCGAUGCGAAGAUGCUGGUGGGGCUUUACGCGGCAGACUCGAAGCCAGGAAGCUUCUCGUGGCGACCUGGUGUCCUGACGACAGCUGUCAGGGAGGGUCGAUGGGUUCUCAUCGAAGACCUGGAUCGGGCCCCAAACGAAGUCAUCAGUACCCUCUUGCCGCUGAUCGAACGCGGUCAGCUCCUCAUCCCUAGCCGAGGUGAGACCAUUAAGGCCUCGAGCGAGUUUCGUUUGUUUGCCACCGUUCGCACGACAAAAGGCAUGCAUGGGCGCGAAACGCUGCCGAACCUCCUCGGUCUUCGCUUCUGGCAACAGCUAUCAAUCCAGAUCCCGUCCGAAGCCGAAUUCCUCGAUAUCAUCGUGGGCACAUACCCCAUUUUGCGACGAUUCGCUCCCGAAAUCAUGGCUGUUUUCAGGAGGUUGACGAACUCGGUGUCGGGAGCAAGCCGCGGCUCGUUCAACCGAAGCUUGCUUGACCGUCAACCAAGUUCCCGAGACCUGCUGCGAUGGUGUCGUCGGCUUGCGAGCCUUCUUGCAGACGCCAACUGCACGACGGGCGACGAACCCAUCAGCGACACAACACGCGACCAAAUGUUCAUGGAAGCAGUUGACUGUUUCGUAUCCAGGAUACCUGACGCCAAGGCACGCCAGCACAUCACCUUCCAGAUCGCCGAGGAGUGGCACAUGGCCAAGGAGCGGGUAGAGCAUUACCUCGAAGCUAGCAUCCCGCAGCUUGAAGACGGUCCCGAUCACUUCCGUAUCGGCCGAGUCAAGCUCCGAAAGAAGAAGGACCGUUCUGGCAAGAUUGUCAAGUCUAAGAGGCCGUUCGCGAAUACGACCCACGCCAAGAAAUUGCUGGAGCAAGCGGCUGUUGCGGUCAAGUCUGGCGAGCCCGUACUGCUCGUCGGUGAGACGGGUAUCGGCAAGACGACUGUGAUCCAGCAGCUUGCCGACACACUCGGCCACAAGCUUAUUGCAGUCAACCUGUCACAGCAAAGUGAAGUCGGUGAUUUGUUGGGAGGCUUCAAGCCGGUCAAUGUGCGGAGUCUUGCGGUGCCCCUGAUGGAAGAGUUUGAAGAUCUCUUCGCCGCAACGGGCAUAUCGGCCACGAAGAACCAGGCCUACUUGGAACUUCUCGGAAAGACUUUUGCGAAAGGCGACUGGUCCAGAGUUUCCCGCCAAUGGAGGCAAGCGCCAAAGAUGUUCAUCAAGAUUGUCGAGGAGCUGACGAGGCGGGAGAACGAGCAAAGAGAAGCUCGCAACGGUGAGGACCAGCCGACCAAGAGGCGGAAGACCGAGUCCAAACUACAGAGGCUCCUUGACCUGAAACCGCGCUGGGAUGCUUUCACCCGCAGCCUUGACCAGUUUGAGAUUCAAAUGUCCGGAGGCUCUGGAGCCUUCGCUUUCUCGUUUGUCGAGGGCAAUAUUGUCAAGGCAGCAAGAAACGGAGACUGGGUCCUCCUGGACGAGAUCAACCUUGCCUCCCCCGACACUCUCGAGAGCAUCGCGGACCUUUUGACCGGCCCAGCCGAGACGCCAUCCAUCCUCCUAUCAGAAACGGGCGAGAUUCAGAGGAUAAAGGCGCACCCGAAUUUCCGCAUGUUCGGCGCCAUGAACCCGGCAACAGACAUUGGCAAGCGCGAUUUGCCCAUUGGCAUCCGAUCCAGAUUUACCGAGAUUUACGUCGACAGUCCGGAUCGCGACGUCAAGGAUCUCUUGACCAUCGUGAAGACGUAUCUCAAGGGCUCUGGGACUCGCGACGAUAAGGCAGCCGAUGACAUUGCCCGCCUCUACCUCGAUACCAAGCUUCGGGCAGAAGAAAAAAGCUUGGUGGAUGGUGCCAACGAGGUGCCGCACUUCAGCCUACGUACCCUGACCCGCGUGCUGUCCUAUGUCAACCACAUCGCGCCCUUUUAUGGCCUUCGUCGAGCCCUGUACGAAGGCUUCUCUAUGGGUUUCCUCACACUCCUCAACCGCGACUCUGAAAAGCUCCUCAUGCCACUCAUCGACCACCGCCUCUUUGGCCAAAUCUCAAACCCUCAGUCCCUCCUCUCGAAACCCCCUACACACCCGGAUGACGGAAAGAAGUAUGUUCGAUUCGUCAACAAAGCCAAGAACCGUCAUUAUUGGCUGUCGCAAGGCGCUCUUGAACCGCAAGAGCGAUCCGACUACAUCAUCACCCCUUAUGUUGAGCGCAACCUGCUCAAUCUUGUUCGCGCCACAUCAACACGAAAAUUCCCCAUCCUCAUCCAAGGUCCUACGUCCGCCGGAAAGACUAGUAUGAUCGAAUAUCUGGCCAACUUUACGGGCAACAAGUUUGUCCGCAUCAACAAUCACGAGCACACGGACCUCCAAGAGUACCUCGGAACGUAUUCUUCAGACUCCAACGGAAAGCUGCGCUUCCAGGAAGGUCUUCUCGUCCAGGCGAUGCGCCAAGGCCACUGGAUCGUGCUCGACGAACUCAAUCUUGCACCCACUGAUGUCCUCGAGGCACUCAACCGUCUACUGGACGACAACCGCGAGCUUCUCAUUCCAGAGACGCAAGAGAUCGUGCGACCGCACGAGAACUUCAUGCUCUUCUCGACGCAGAACCCGCCUGGUCUCUACGGAGGCCGGAAAGCGCUGUCCCGGGCUUUCCGCAACAGAUUCCUGGAGUUGCACUACGAUGAUAUCCCUGAGGAUGAAUUGGAGUACAUCCUCCAACAAAGGAGCCGGAACACUGCUCCUUCAGACUGCAAGCGCAUAGUGACAGUCUACAAGGAGCUGUCCCGUCUGCGACAGACGAGCAGGAUGUUCGAGCAAAAGGACAGUUUUGCCACCCUCCGAGACCUGUUCCGUUGGACUCAGAGAAGCGCCGAGGAUCGCGAACAGAUUGCCAUCAACGGCUUCAUGCUCCUGGCCGAACGUGUGCGCGUGGAUGAAGAGCGCAUCGCCGUCAAGGAAAUCAUUGAGAAGGUCUUCAAGGUCAAGAUUGACCCGGAGCAGCUCUACUCGACCAUGUUCACGGGCAAGGGCAAGUCUGGCGAGAACAGCCAGGGCGUGGUGUGGACUGGGGCCAUGCGACGUCUCUAUACUCUGGUCGACUACGCCCUCCGCAACAACGAACCCGUGCUGCUGGUGGGCGAUACAGGUUGUGGCAAGACAACCGUUUGCCAAAUGCUUGCCGAGGCGUUGGGAAAGGAACUUCACAUUGUCAAUGCUCACCAGAACACCGAGACUGGCGACCUAAUCGGUUCCCAACGGCCGGUUCGUAACCGAGGUGCAAUUUCGGAUACACUGAAAUCGGAAUUGGCCACACUCCUCACUCGCGUUGGCCAGCCUUCCUCCGGUAGCUUUGACGAGCUCAUGCAGGCCUAUCGCGAGCUGCCUGCAGAUGUCUUGUCGACAGUGGACGCGGCCGUGCUGGAGAGCAUUACUGCUCUGGAGACCAAGAGCAAAGCGCUUUUCGAGUGGUCCGACGGCAGUCUUGUCAACUCAAUGAAGUCUGGUGACUUUUUCCUCCUGGACGAGAUCUCGCUUGCCGACGAUUCUGUCCUUGAGAGGUUGAACUCGGUACUCGAGCCUGGGCGCACCCUACUUCUCGCCGAGAAAGGCAUCGACAACUCGUUUGUCACUGCGAGCAACGGCUUCCAGUUCCUUGCGACGAUGAAUCCAGGUGGUGAUUUCGGCAAGAAGGAACUGUCCCCUGCUCUGAGGAAUCGUUUCACCGAAAUUUGGGUCCCAUCACUCUCUGACCGAGAGGAUGUCCUGCAGAUCGUUCGAUCCAAGCUGGACACCACACUGCGGAACUUUGGCAGUACCAUCGUUCACUUCUCAGCCUGGUUCGGAGAGACCUUCCGAUCGUCUCACUCUGCUGCUUAUUCGAUUCGAGACAUUCUUCUCUGGGUCAAGUUUAUCAACCACUUCGGUUCCGUGAACCCCAACUUUGCUGUUGUUCAUGGUGCCGCCACCGUUUUCGUUGAUACACUCGGAGCCAAUCCUUCAGCACUGCUGGCCAUGGAUCCCAAGUCAAUGGAAGCCCAGCGACAACAAUGUCUCGACAAACUGAGUGAGCUUCUCAAAUGCGAUGCCACGAAAAUCUACCGGUCGCAGCCUGAAGUGACGAUGGACGCCAACACGCUGUCUCUGGGCCAAUUCGAGAUUGCCCGUGAACCAGGAGUAGCAAUCGAUCCCACUAUCGCGUUCAAUGCUCCUACCACACGUCUGAACCUGAUGCGCGUCCUUCGAUCGCUUCAGAUGCAGAAGCCCAUCCUGCUGGAAGGCAGCCCUGGUGUCGGCAAAACCACCCUCGUUGCCGCCCUUGCUUCCACAUGCGGUCGCCCUUUGACGAGGAUCAACUUGUCUGACCAGACUGAUCUCAUGGAUCUGUUCGGUACCGACAUGCCCGUUGAAGGCGCCGAGGCCGGCAACUUUGCCUGGAGGGAUGCCCCUUUCCUCCAAGCCAUGCAAAGGGGUGAGUGGGUUCUCCUGGACGAGAUGAACCUUGCUUCACAGUCAGUGCUGGAAGGUCUCAACGCCUGUCUUGACCAUCGUGGCGAGGUGUACAUUUCCGAGCUCGACCAGGUCUUCCACAAACAUCCCGACUUCCGCCUCUUUGCGGCACAGAACCCGCAUCACCAAGGUGGUGGUCGAAAGGGUCUGCCGAGCUCCUUUGUCAAUCGAUUCAUCGUUGUUUACGCCGACGUCUUGACGGAGGAGGACUUGCUCCUCAUCGCUGGUCACAGCUUUCCAGAUAUUCCUUCGGAUGUCACUCGCGGAGUGAUCCGCUUCAUCACCAAGCUGGACCACCAAAUCGUCAUAGAGAAGUCCUUUGGCCUGCAAGGUGGCCCCUGGGAGUUCAACCUUCGUGAUAUCCUGCGAUGGCUGAACCUGCUAGCUUCGAAGGACCCUCUGCUGAGCACGGGCACCGUCGAUGACUUCCUUGGCCUUAUUGUCCGCCAGCGUUUCCGGUCGAAUUUGGAUCGUAAAGAGGUGGACAAUCUAUUCGCCAGCAUCUUUGGCAGGCAGCCUCACGAUCACAGUCUAUACCACGACAUCAGCACGGCUUUCAGCCAGGUCGGCAAUGCUCUUAUCGCCCGCAACCAGCUGUCGCAACCGUCCAAGCUGCCAGCCAUCAAUAUUGUACCUCGACUUUCCGAGAUCGAGUCCGUGAUGAUCUGUGUCAAGCAAAACAUUCCCUGCAUCAUCGGUGGCCCUUCAGGCAGCGGCAAAUCAGCUCUUCUUCAGCACGUUGCCGCGGUGGCUGGCAAGUCCCUCGUAGUGUUCCCGCUCAACGCAGACAUCGACACCAUGGAUCUCGUUGGCGGCUUCGAGCAAGCGGAUCCCCUGCGCGAGCUGAACGCUGCUCUGAGAGCAUUGCACGAGACCCUCGAGGUCUCUGUUCUGUCGCAAGUCCCAGCACAGGUACCUCAUGAAGCGCUGUCGCUACUCCAUGCGCUUGAUGGCUACCACGGUAACCUUGAUGCGCUCGAGGCCAUCGCAGCAUCAGUGCAGACUGUUCUCUCCGAGGUGUCUCCCACCACCGAGAUCGCGGCCCUACUCACCAACGUCCUCGAACUCCUGCAGAAGCCACUUGAAGCCACCGACCCUCGAUUCGAAUGGCUCGAUGGUGUCAUUGUGAAGGCUCUGCAGACUGGGCAGUGGCUGGUGCUUGACAACGCAAACCUCUGCAAUGCUUCUGUUCUGGACAGACUCAACUCGCUGCUCGAGCCGAAUGGCUUCCUCAGCAUCAACGAACAUUGCGGACCCGAUGGCGAACCAAGAAUGAUCAAGCCUCAUCCCGAGUUCCGAAUCUUUUUGACAGUCGACUCCCGCUAUGGAGAGCUGUCCCGGGCCAUGCGCAACCGUGCCAUUGAGAUCCACCUCAGUGAGCUACCGGAGGGCAUGAAGGUUUCCCACCAGACGGGUGCCGACGUCGACAGCAACCUCCGAAGGCUGCAGAUGUCUAGAGACAUCUCUGCGGCAACCCUACAGAGCGAAAGCUAUGUGGAUGUUAGCAGCCUGACACUCGAUAACCUCUCUGUGCAAGACACGGCUCUGGUUCCCAGAUAUUCUGGCGCCUUGACUCAGACUCUGAUGGGACUACCUUCUGAGGCACUUGAGAAGUACCGCAGCAACCUCGAGGAGAUCUCGAACUACCUCACAACAGACGAGGCUGCCGCGGUUAGACAGGCUACCCUCGAGAUUUACGCUACCCUGCCUAAUGAUAGCCACAGCGAGCUGCAGCAUGCCCAGCCCCUAUCUACGCUUCAGAAUGCCCCGAUUGCCCGCCUUCUGCAACGAACCUCGGGUGACCUGGCGUUCUGGUUGAACUGCUGCUUCCAAUUCAUCCUGGAGCUUCAGCGUUGCCAAUCUACCCUCAAGGCCCAAGUCGGGCGUGCCAAGGCCGGCAAGCUUGCAUCUUUGAACCGUCUUCAGCGCUCUGUUGUUUCGGACCGCAUUGCGGCUGUGGCAAAGGAUUCGACAGCCAGUGUGUCCAAGUUCCUGACCAAGGUCCUCCAAGCGGCGCUCAAGUUUCUUCAGGAUAGCGUCAAAGAUGCCGGUGACUGGAAGGUAUGCCAUCUACAUGACAAUUGUUAUACGUGCCGCUGCUCACCAGAACAGGAUCAAUCUCGAAUCAUCAGGCACAUGUUGGACUUCUGGUGGCGAACUUUUGGACUCGUCACCCAACAACACUUCGAAGAGGCAAGGUUCCAAGCCCAUCUCGGUCAUGGCGUCAAGUCACUUCAGACCGCCCUCUCCCAGGUGCAGGAAAGCUCGAUUCACGGUGCGCUCGCGUCCGGUUUCCUUCAAGCGAUCCAGGAAGAUUUCAACGCGGGCUUCAAGCUCAAGACCGGUCUCAGCAUGGAGCCCCUCUGGAAUCUUCUCAAGCCAGCCGCCAUUCUCUCUGCCGAAGCUCUCGAGUCGCAUCGUGAUAUCGAGCGUCUCGCGAUCCGGUUUGAUGCCUUGAGAUGGAAGGUCCGAACCUCCAUCUCGGAUCUUGCUAGUGCCAUGUCGACAUUGGUCACCGCUGACCAGAUCGUACGAAGCAACGCGUCUCUCACGUCCCAGCUCAUUGUGGAUCUGAAGAAGGAAAUUGAUACCCUGGAGGCUGGCGUCAGCUCUGCGUCGAGGGAAGUGAGCCCCUUUUUCACGGCGGAGUACGAGACCCUCCGGCAAGCCCUGGUCCUCCAGUCCAUUUCUUACGGUACCACCUUGCCUGCUGAGCACAUGGUCUUGGCUGUCGCCUCGGAUCUGCCCACUUUCGACCAGAGCCGCUUCAGCAAUGCUUUGGGCUCUGCCCAGAAGCUCCUGUCCACCGGUCUUCUCGCAUCUCGAGACGCCAAGACGCAUGUCUGGAACGGCAAACUCGCAACCUCUCUGCUUGCCAAGUCUAAUUCCAUCAAGAAUGCGAGCCUCGACUCGUUGCGCAUGCUCGAGGCCGAGCUACCUCUCCUGGGCCGGACACUUGCGCGAUCGGCGCCUGAUAUCACCAGCAACUCCAUCCAGGCACUGAACAACUCACUCAAGCAUCUCAUUUCGGAGAUCGUCGCUGCUCAUAGCGUUGACGCGGGUGCCCUUGUCGACAACGUCUUCACCCGCGCUUACAGCAAUGCCGAUUUGACUGCCACGACGCCAGAACAGCUCAAGGCCAUGGUGCUCAAGAUUCGCGUUGCCUUCCCCGAGGAGUGGCCUGCGCAGCUUGUCACUGUCUUCAAAGACCACCUACUCCCGUCUAUCGUCGCACUGGCUGCUUCUGACAAGCAUGCCGCCCACAUGGAUAGCGCAAAUACGGCUGGAGAUCGACUUGUGGUCGCAUUCUCUUCCGUGGCUUGGGUACAGUUCUCCGUCGGAUGCAUCAAGCUCUACGUCCCGGACAAGGCUUUCGACCCGCAGCUGAGGCCGCAGUACGAGAUGGAGGUUCACGACAACACCAAGGCAGUCUUGGAUCACAGGCUUGCCUCUCUUCUAGAGUUUGAGACGCAUUUCACCGGACAAAAGACCUCCCUGCGCGCCCAGCUGGUUCAGGAGGAGAUUGAGGCUCUCGGAGCCGCCCCGCCAGCAAGCCAGAUCCUCUACCGCCCAGCCAAGUCUGAACUCGGCGGUAUCCAGGCGGACUUCAACAACAUUCUCAAGUCCGUUGUCGACAUGGACGUAGCGUCCACCCAUGUUGCCCACACCCUGACAGACACGACUGGACUGAAUGAAGAGAUGGAUCUGGUCAGGCUGAAUGUCGGCCAACUGAUCGAUCGUCUGUCGAGCAGGUUCGAUGCUUACCAAGAUAUGGUUCUGCCCGCUGUGAACAUCCUGCACUGCCUUCAGCUUGGAUUGUCCCUCAAUAAGGGUCUCGCCUCUCUUCAGGACCAGCUCCCGACAGCCCCCUUCAUGGGCGUGCUUCCUUUCCUGGGAGGCACGCUGCCUAAGCCGAACGCGACCUCGCUGCCGACUCGAAGCCUCAACUUCCUCAAUUACAUGGGUCUCGUCGUGUCUGUCGAGGGCCUGCCACGCCUCGAUGCGCCCAGCCGUCAAGCUCUGUUUAGUUCAAUUCAUGGCUUCUUUGACGAUUGGAACAAGAAGCUCGAGGCCGACCGCAAGACUGAGCAGGAGAACACCAGCCUGUACAAAUUCAGAGGCAGUUUCGAGGACGAAGAGGAACAAGAUGAAGAAGAGUUCAACGAAUUGUUUCCGACCUUUGAUGACGAGGAAGACAAGAAACCGGCUGUUCAGCGUCAGAAAGUCCGCGACUUGUCUGUCAAGAUGGCUGAGCUCCACCGCAACAUAUUUUCACAGCCGGAAGAAGCGUCCGAGAGCCUCCGCAAGGCGUGCGCUGCCAUCAGCCAUGAGCUCGCUCUCGAGGCCUCACAGAGGGUGGCCGUGGGUCAGGAUCUCAACCAGAAGAUGCUGCCUUCUGCCAUGUGGUCCCUGUACGAGGAGUUGAGUGCGCUGAACGUCAGUGUGCAGACUGACAACUACAACUUCUACUCCGACGCCAACCUGCCCAUGGUUCGACAGCUGAUCUCGCUCGUCAACAAGGUCGAGCUCCGCUUCCAUGAGCUUCAGCAGGUUGACGAGAUUGGCUUCAUGCAGCCUCUCGCUGAUGUUUUGACGGCAUGCGAGACGCUGCUCAGCCUCGUCCAUACCGAACCGCUCGCGAGCAUCCUGCCCAAGCUCGAACACCUGCACAUGAUUGUCUACGAGUGGCAGCAUGGCGGUUAUGCGCCAGCGAUCUACGGAGCCCCGGCUCUGUACACGGCCCUCACCGACAUGAUCAUCAGCUGGCGCCGCGAGGAGCUCAAGACCUGGGCCAGGCUGUUCGACCUGGAAGCGCAAAAGUGCCGCGACGACGCCAACUCGUGGUUCUUCAUGGCAUACCAGGUGGUUGUUGCGGUGCCGCUCACUCUCGUGGACAAGGCCGACGAGCUGCAAGAGUACGCCGUCAGCUUGGUCAAGGAGCUGGGCAACUACUUCUCGACUUCCAUCGUCGGACAAUUCAGCGGGCGUCUGGCGCUUCUGCGCCAGAUGCAGAAGCACCUCGAGCUACUGACCGUCGACUACCCCUCUCUCGCCGUUGUUCGUGACGCGACGCAGAACUUUAUUACAUUUUACUCCCGGUUCGAGGCCGUCAUCGACGAGGCCAUUGGCCGCGGCAGGGCUCCGAUUGAGAAGAACGUCAAGAACACUGUAUUGAUGGCGAGCUGGAAAGACACCAACAUCAACGCACUCCGCGAGAGCGCCCGCAAGUCUCACCGCAGCCUGUUCAGGCUCGUCCGCAAGUUCCGUUCCGUGCUCGGCCAGCCGGCUGCCCCCGUCAUCGAGCAGGGUCUGCCAGACAAGGAGCCCAUCACUGACAGCGGCGCCGCUUCGAUCAUCGUCACCCCGAGCGUGGACAAGAAGGCGCUGGCGCGGUGCAAGAAGGCCGCGCCCCAGUGGCUGAAGCAGAACAAGCGACUGAACAACAUGGACACGACGCUGUCGGUCAUGGCCAACGUCACCAAGUACAGCUCAGGCACAACGGCCGCCAGUCAAGAAGCCGUUGCCUUCGUCGAGUCGCUCAAGGCCUCGAUUGCCGAACUGCGCAAGGAGACGCCGCCGUUCCUCAACGACGAGAACAAGGACCAGGUCAAGCACCUCAAGACGCGCAAGCGGAACCUGUUUGCCGAUGUUCUCAAGGCCCUGCGCAAGAUGGGUGUCAGGCACAACCUCGGCACCGAGGAUCUCAACAGGCAAAAGACGACGGCCACCGUUCUCGGCAGCACGCGCGCCUAUGCUCGCGAGAGCGAGGGCCAGGAUGCUGCCGAGUACUACUUCCAGAAGGCCAUUGAUAUCGCGGCCAAGGUCAGGCCGGCUGGCCUUGAUCACCACAGCGAGCUCACGGGCGCUGAGGUCACGCGCAGCGUCGGUUUCAUGGAGGGCUUCGUGCAGCUGCUUCUGCAGCAGAGGGCAUCCCUCGUGCCGGCCAGCACCUCUGUCGGCCCGCUCAAGGAGGUCAUCGGCUCGGUCCGCCAGCUGAGCAUGUACUGGGGAGACAAGUCUCUCACGGUGCAAAGACAAUCGUCGAACCUGCUCAAGGCGGUCGACUGGAUCGUGCCGGUCCUCCGAUUUGGUGUCCAGCUCGUCGAGGUUCACGGCAAGCUCGCGACCACCGACCACUCUCAAGUCGUCCAGACCCUCCAGAACCGGCUGGAUGGAUUUGCUGCAAGCCUGACAAAACGCGACACGUCAUCGACGAUCCCCGAGAGGCUCCAGACCUCGGAACAAAAGGCCAUUGACGAAGAAUCGCAGCUGAGCCUCCAGGCGCUCGGCAAGGAGCUGGACGACAUGGCUUCGGCCCAUCCCGACCUGGCCUUUGUGCUUCAGCAGAUCAAGGCCUGGACAACCGUCUCGCGUCAGGACUACGACGACGACAACGACGCGCUCGAGUCCCCCCCAAGCCUCGACAGCUUCAGCGCCGAAGUCUCCAACGUCUGCAACUCGGUGCUCGUCGCCAUGCAGGUGCACAAGAAGGCCGCGACCGGGCUGCCCACCACCAGCGACGGCGCCGCCUGGCUCGUCGACGCGAGCGCCGCCUCGGCCGCCAUGCUCAAGGGCCUGCACAUACGCGGCGUCACCGACGCCAUCCGGCGCUGCCUGUCCGCGCUCGAGCGUCUCGACCUCGACGCGCCGGCGCUGCGGUCGGCGGCGACGUCGAUGCUCGGCGCCGUGCUCCCGAUCCUCGACCAGUACGCCGCGACGUGCCAGCAGAGCGUGGCGCAGCUGCGCGACCUGCACGAGGCCACGGGCCGCAUGACGCACUUUCUCGGCCUCACGUUCUCGCAGCUCACGGCCAAGGGCUUCUGCACGCCGCAGGACAAGUCGGACGAGACGCAGGGCGACGCGGGCAAGCUCGAGUCGGGCACCGGUCUCGGCGACGGCGAGGGCGCCGAGGAUAUCAGCAAGGACAUCCAGCCCGACGAGGACCUGUCUGAGCUCGCGCAGGAGCCGAACAAGGAGCGCAACAGCGAGAUGGAGGACGAGAAGGAUGCCGUCGACAUGGCGGAUGAGGACAUGGAGGGUGACAUGGGGAGCGUCGACGGUGCCGACGACGACGAGAAUGGCGAUGACAAGGAUGACGGAGACGAGGAUGGCGACGACAAUGACAUGGAGGAGGAAGCGGGCGAGGUCGAUGAUCUCGACCCGACGGCGGUGGACGAGAAGAUGUGGGACGGCGAAAACGAAGACGAGGCGGAGAAGGAGCAGCAGGGCGAGAAGGCCAAGGGCCAGCAGAAGGACGAGCAGACGGCGGCGGCGGAUGCGCAGCCCAACGACGAGAGCGGCGAGAUGGAGGAGCCCGGCGACGAGCAGGGCGACGAGGGCGAGGACGAAGACCCUGCCGCCGAGCAGGAGGACGUGCAGUUCCAGGAGGACAUCAAGCAGGAUCAAAACGUGCAGCAGGAGGACGCCCUGGCACUCCCUGAUGACAUGGAGCUCGACCUCAAGGACGAGGAGUCUGGAUCGGACGACGACGACCUCGACGACAUGUCUGACUCGGGCGAGCCAAAGGACGAUCUGCCUGACCUGCCGGAGAAGCACGAAUCGGACAUUGAAGACGACCAGCAGCCCGAGCGUGGCCAAGACCCCGAACAGGCAGACGAGGCUCCCGAGGAAGAAAUGGACAUGGGCGGCAACGAGAUUGACGACGAACCCAAGGCCGAAGAGGAGCAGGAUGGCGAGGAUCCCGAUGCCGAGCCUGAGCAGCCCGACGAGCCGGAAGACAAGCGGCAGGAUGCCGACCAGGACACGGCCAACGCCGAUACAGAGAACGCGGCGCCGAGCGACGUCAAGAGCGGCGGCCAGGAUCAAAACGCCGACAGCAUGGACGUCGAAAACGAGCCCGACGACAGCGCAGCACAGCGCGACGAGGGCGAUGCCGGCGAGGGCGCCGCCAAGCAAGAGGCCGACGCCGGCAAGAAGGGCGCCGUCUCGCGCUCAGACGACCAGGCGCAGCCCACCGAACAGCAGGAGGACGAGGCAGCGCGCGAGGAGCCUCGCCAGGAUCCGUUCAAGAAGCUCGGCGACGCGCUCGAGCGAUGGCACCGACAGCAGACGGAGAUCAAGGAGGCGGAGCAGAAGGAAGAAGAGGGCGAGGCCAAGCAGCCCCAGCAAGACGCCGACGACAUGGCAGCCAAGGAGUUCCAGCACAUGCAGGACGACGAGACGGCGCCGGACGCCCAGGCGCUCGGUGCGGCGUCGGACGAUCAGGUACAGCCCAUCGACGACGCCAUGGCGAUUGACGAGGAAAAAGAAGACCCGUCGAGCCGGGUGGUGCCGGAGAGCGAGCAAGAGCCCGAGCAGCAAGACGAGGCGGCCGGCGACGAGAUGGACACGGACGAGCCCGAGGACAAGAAGGACGGCCCCGAACGAGACGACGGGCGGUCCGGCGUCAAGACACGCCAGGGCGCCUUCGACCGCGAGGCGACGCCCGAAGACGCGGACGCCGUCAAGAUGGAGGACGCGGACGAGGACGAGGACGAGGACGAGGACGAAGCAGACAACAACAUGGAUGAGGCUUCGGCGCAGCUCUCCGAGACACACCUCACGGGCGAUCCAGAGCGACCGCUGCGCGACUUUGACGAGGCGAUGCAGCUGUGGACGGGGUUCCAGACCAAGACGAACGCGCUGUCGCAGUCGCUGACGUCGCAGCUGCGGCUCAUCCUCAACCCGUCGCAGUCGACCAAGCUCUCGGGGUCGUUCCGCACGGGCAAGCGGCUCAACAUCAAGAAGAUCAUCCCGUACAUCGCGUCGAGCUACAAGCGCGACAAGAUCUGGAUGCGGCGCGCCGUGCCGACGAAGCGGGCGUACCAGAUCCUGCUCUGCGUCGACGACAGCCGCAGCAUGGGCGAGACGGCGGCCGGCGCGCUGGCGCUCGAGUCGCUCGUCAUGGUGUCGCGCGCGCUGGCCAUGCUCGAGGUCGGCCAGGUCGGCGUGCUGGGCUUCGGCGCCGACGUCGUGGCCGCCCACGCCCUCGACGAGCCCUUUGCCUCGCACGACGCCGGCGCCCGCGUCCUGCAGCGCUUCGCCUUUGACCAGGACCGCACCGACGUCGCCAUGCUCGUGCGCCGCACCAUUGACCGCUUCCGCGACGCCCGCGCCCGCAGCCCGGCCCGCGGCGCCGAGGACCUCUGGCAGCUGGCCCUCGUGCUGUCCGACGGCCUGACGCCGUCGUCGGCCCACGAUGCCAUCCGCCGCCUGCUGCGCGAGGCCAUGGAGGAGAGGAUCAUGAUCGUCUUCAUCGUCAUGGACGACACGAGCCGCAAGGACGCCGACAGCGUCCUCGACCUCAAGGAGGCCAAGUUUGUCAAGGACGAAAUGGGCAACAGCAAGGUCGUCAUUGAGCGCUACCUCGACACGUUCCCCUUCCAGUACUACCUCAUUGUGCACAACCUCGAGGAGCUGCCGAACGCGCUGGCCGGCCUGCUGAGGACAUGGUUCGCCGAGGUCAACGCGUGA